GAUGGUACACCCUCCGUGUUUGGAUUUACCUUUUACAAACACCUAUUCUCAAGGAGCGAAAGAGAGAGAGAGAGGAGGAGAAGGAAGUGGAGGAGUAGAAAGAGGAGGGAGAGUUUGCCCCACAUCUCCACAGCUAAAACUGCCUCGGUCGCUGUGACAGUCCGAGAUGGAGCCGUCUGUGGGCAACAGAGCGCAGCGUUUCCACUCAUGGAUCCACGCAGGAAAGAAGGAUUUUGGUGAAAAGCGAAUAUAAACUACAAACAGAGUCCGAAUUCAACCCCGCUUUCAUCCACCAUAUGGAGUCAAACUUCAUAUUCAACUAUUUUAAAGGUUCUCCUGUAGCAGCAGCCUGAGUCUGAUUGGGAACUGAUGUGUGUCAUGGGGAUAUGGUGAGGCGAUGUGCACAAGCUUGUGUGAGAAGAGAUGUGGCGCCGUCAGUGGAGGAAGAAGAAGGGGGACAGGUGAAAAGCUGGAUCUUUGCUCAUGGCUGUGCAUGUCACUCUUGUUCUCGACCCUAUGGGGUCAAGCAACCCCGCAGUGCCCGGACAGCUGCCACUGUGCCUGGGAAACGGCCACUGUCUUGUGCUCGGACGCAGGGCUGCGUGAAAUCCCAGAGGGGAUCCCACCAGAAACGGUUUCCUUACACCUGGAGCGCAACUACAUCCGGAACAUCCCAGAGAGUGCCUUCAGCCACCUGGUCCACCUGCGGGACCUCUAUCUGUCCCACAACCGCAUCGACUCUCUCUCCUCUGGGGCCCUGCGGCAUCUUGGACCCGACCUGCGCUUGCUGGACCUCUCACAUAACCAGCUGAGGCAGGCCAGCAGGGAGGAGUUUGGGUCCACUCGUGCCAAGACACGGCUCUACCACAAUCCCUGGCACUGUGAUUGCACCCUGCAGGAGCUGAUGGAGACUCUGAACCUGGAGCCUGAGACGGUGAAUGGGAUCAUCUGCGAGAGCUCCGUGCGGGGCGUGGGUGAGGGGAGCCGGUGGGAGGACCCCGGGUCACCUGGAGAGCACUCAGGUCAGCCGCUGGUCAAGCUGCUGGACUCUGGGGUGAACUUCUGCAGCCUGCAGAGGAAGACCACGGAUGUAGCCAUGCUUGUGACCAUGUUUGUGUGGUUCUUCAUGGUCAUUGUGUACGUUGUGUACUACGUCCGGCAGAACCAGGCUGAGGCCCGGAGGCAUUUGGAGUACCUGAAGAGUCUACCCAGCCCACGUAAGACCCCUACAGAGACAGACACUCUGAGCACGGGUUUCUGAUCUGAAUGCUGUUGAAGCUUAACGUUCAGAUGCCAUAUUUAUGGAACGUGACUGAAACGCUGAGAGAAGUUACUGAAGUUACCAACUAUGGAGGAAAUGAACCUUUUACAGCUGUUUGAUUAUUCCUUUAAAUUCUUAUUCUAAACAUUUAUUUUCUUAUGACGCUUUUGUUUUUCAGUUUUAGUACAAAAUUUACAUAUUUUUCAACUUGAACUAUCUGCACUGUUAGAGGAGAGGAAAAGUUAUAAAAGCGCAGCAGGUAAAGAUAAGACAGGACUACGUAUAGAGGAAGACUUUUUGAACUUAAUAACAUUCUGCCUCCCUUUGUAGCACCUCUUUUCUUCUCCCUCCAUGCCUCAUACUCUGUGCUUUUAUCUUUCAUUGGGUUCUAAUUAGGAGACAUUGACCAGCUGACCCCUAAUAAACACUUGAAAGGCACUAAUCAGUAGGAGUGUGUUUUUGUCAGUUGUGCAAAUUCAGAUGUGUGUCCUUUCCAUGCUGUUUGAGUCAUCUGUAUGUGUGUGUGUACGCAUACACGUGUGUGUAUUUGUGGUGUUUUUAGGCACUGCCACGGCCAUUCUUAUUUUGAAAGCCCUGAUUUUGCACAGAUCCUUGCCAGUACUUCAGUUUUAGACAAACACCACACUACUCAUCUAAAUUUACUCUGGACACACUGGCUUUGUCUUUAUGCUGCAGCAAACAGAUUGAAAAAUCUCAACAGAUAUAAUAAUUGGUACAAAGAAAUUUUGAGCUGAGUUAGUAAAAUGAGUUGCUACAUGGAAAUUUCUGAGAUUUUUUAAUUAUCUCAUGGCUGUGGGCUGUAGAACAUCAGCUCUACCAGUCAGAGCUAGCGGUCCCAGUUUACUUGCUACAUAAGAAGCCAUAGUGAAAACAUAAAGUAUUAUAUGGUGUACCAUAGCAAAGAAAGCUUAAAUUGAUUUAAUAAUUGCUUAAGUAGUCAGAACUAAUUUCAACAUUUGACUUCACAUUCAAAUUGUGCUUUCCAUUUACUUUUAUAAUUUUGCAUUUAAUAAAUUAUUGAAAUAUUUGAAUAAAUAUUUGUCAUUCGGAUUUAUUUGUUUCCAGGUUUGUUCUAAUAUGAAUAUGUAUAAGUAUAAUUUCAUGCUUUAUUUGCUUUCUUCAUUUUGGAGCUUUUUGUCCUCCAUAGUUUACCACAUGGGCUCUAUCAGAACUGACUCCAUUUUUAAAGACUGUGAGAAAAUAAUCACAUCAUUUCUUAUUAAAAGAAAUGAAUUAAAAGAGUCAUUCAUUUUGUUGUAUCAUAUUAGACAAUCUGUGUAAAUUGAUUAAUUUAUUCUCCAGCUUUCUCCACAUAUAGAGCUAAAUCACACUGGAUUAACAGCCACAUUUGAUUGAUUUUCAUACUUAUUGUAUGAAAUAAGUAUGAAAUCCUCAACGGGAUUUGUUAGUGUUGUAUUAAAAUAUUAAUGCAAUUCUUUUCUGCUAAAAUAAGAGAUCUAAAAUAAAACUCCUUUAUAUUGGCAAUUAUAAAUGUAGAGACAUGGUUCAAAAUAUGCUUUGACAUAAUGAAUAAAAUAAUCAAAAUUAUGUUCAUUUUAUGUUAAUUUACACUAAAGUUAUACUUCUGCAUUAAUGUCACAACAUCAGAUGUUCUUUGCACAUUUAUUUUAACCAAAAAUGAAUAAAUUGAAGAAAAGAAUGAUCAACAAGUGUCUUGACAUUCAAAUUACACCUGAGUAAACAUGUUGGGAGAUGAAUAACAAUGGAGUUCAUGUAAUUGUAGCAUUAUGUACAUUUUUGUUUGUUUUCAGAGCACUACAUUUCUUAAAAUCAGCGUAUUACAGGUUUUGGGUGGAUUGAAAAAUAUCAAAAAGUUUUGAAUGAGAUGCCAGAAGUCGUGCUUGACUCACCAGAGUUUUCUUCAGCAUGAAGAAACACUGUUCUCCCCCCAAGCCCACCUGUUGAUGCCAAAUGCCACAAAGCUAGCUGAAAGAAACCCAAUACAUUUUUUUCUUGUUCCCAAAAUUAGAAAAAAAAAAAAUUGGGAUGAUGGACAAACAGAAGAGACCUUACCCACAACUUUUCGUAACAAUACGAAAAGUUGUGGGUACUGCAGCCUGUAAAACCAUACUGUGAAACCAUUGUAUGGGAUAAAAUGGUUUCAUGUUACAAGAAACAUAUCAAACAGCUGCAGAAAACUGGGCCCUUUGAAUCUGACACCUGAGAAUCUCAUUCCAACUCAUGUCUUGUGUAUAAUGUCAUAACUAGAUGUAGCUUACAUCAUAAUAACAAUUCUUUGUGUUGCAGAGAUAAUAGGAUGCAACUGAAGCCAUACAUCUGUUUUAUUAAAUUAUUAAAUGUGGAAAUUAUAUUUGCUUUACUUUGGUCAAUGUUUCCAUAAAUUUGAAAAAAAAAAAAAUUCUUACUUUGUGAACCUGAAGAAUUAAUAGGGAAUUGAAUGGACUGAUUUAUGCUUAAUAUGUAAACAAUUGUGUAAAAAUUCAUGACCAGACUGUUAAAACUGUACCUGGAUUUCAUCAGACAAAUGGUACGUUUUUAGGUGCAGAAGCAAAACUUAGAAUAGGUCACCUAUCUGUGAACUGUGAUGUGCUAAAUGUGGUGUGCAUGUGUUGUAGCCCACAGAGAAAGGCUGGCUGCAUUGUGUCUACACUUUGAAUUAGAGUCAGUCGUUAUCCUGUUGGUAAACCAAAGGCUAAAAGGGAGAUGAGGUUGGACAACUCUGACCUUUAAAACACAAGAGAGCAAAAAGUGAGUGGCAAUGUGGUUGUUUACUGUUUGUCACAAAUCAUUUAUCUAAAUUUCAUGCAACAUAUUUCUGUAUUCUUCAAUGCACAUUUUGUAUUGAGUAAACCUUGGACCAAUUUUUGCUUGCUGAUAAUUCUGACAAGCCAAACCUCAAAAUCUAAAUAUGUCUUGUUAUAGUCUUUAACUGUGGGAUUUCAUUUAUUGAUGUUGUUUUGUUUUAAUCAUUGCUUUAUUUUCCUGACAGCAAAUGAUUCAAAUCACAUGCUUUCGUUUUAUCUUAUUUUGUUUUGUAGCGCUUUUUGUGAUAGUCAAAUAUAAAGGCGUGCUUAAUUUGGAAAUGGAAGAAAAUGAUGGAUUUUUGACAAAAAUUUAAAAGGAUGUUGGGUGUUUUUCUACUGAAUCAAUUUUCAAAUUAGAUGUAGGUUCAAGUUUUAACUAUCACAUUAAUAUGCUUAAAUCUAAACCACCUCAGUUUGGCCCUGGUUUGGCUGUUAUCCUAGUGAAAAUGUAACGUAAUGUGUCUCAAGUUUUUUGCAGCCUUCAACAACCUUUCUUUCAGGGUCGCCUUGUAUUUGGGCCUUUUCAUCUCCCUCUCACCUCUAAGCAGUUUCCCUCCCCUGCUCAAGAAAAACAUCCACAUAGCAUGAUGGUUCCAUCACCAUGUGUUGCUGUGGGGGAGGUGGGGUGAUGUUAAAUUUUACACACAUAGCACUCAAUUUUGCUCUCAUCUCAUCUGGACCAACUUCUUGCACAUGUUUUUUGUGUACACAGCUUGAGGCAAAUUGAAUUGAGACUUCUUUGACUACUUUUUCAUGAAGGGUAGAUAUGACAUAACUCACCUGAGUGGUAUCUAUUAGCUGUUUCUUCAGGCUCUUGGCUAUUUAACUUAGUGUGCUUUUGGACAUCAUGAUGCUAUUAAUCGGUGGCAUCUGAAGGCUUUUGAUGUUAGAGUACUGUAUUUAGAGAUAUCAGAUAUAUAAAAAAAAAACACUGUAUAUAACCAUCCUGCAAUGAAACAUGGUCAAUGCAGUAUCAUGCUAUGAUGGAAUGAAAUAAAUGAGGAUAGACAAAAGAUGGAUGGUUGGAUGUAUUUACUAGUUACUCAUAAUCUAUAAUAACCCUGAUCAUAAUCACAUGAUUAUAAAAUCAUUAUGGAACAAAUUAUAGAAACUAGACACAAAAUAAACAAACAAACAAAAAAACACUUACAUUAGAAACAUUUUAAACUACUUUGAAUAAUUAACUGAGCACAAUGUACUGUUUCAUAACUGGGGCCAAUUGUGUGAUUGAACUGACAUGAUUUUUGUUUUGGUAAGACAUUUGUUGUGAAUUGAUGCCAUAUAAAUUAAUCAAACUGAUUUGAAUUACUAAAAUAACAGAGUAUUAUCAGCUGAUUAACUAUGGAGGAAUUUCCUCAUAAUUAAAGAUCUAAUAUUAUCAAACAUAUCUCCCUCUAACACACAUGGAGAGAGAUUCUGGGAAGCAUAAGUUGGAUUUUAAGAUGCCUGAUUUAAGUUGAAUGGAUGCUUUAAAGAAGAUAAAAAAAAAAAAAGGAAAAAUAAACAAAAAAAAAUUUACAUCCUAAAAGCUGCAAAAAACUUGAGACAAAUUUUUAUUAAUGAAGAAAAAAAUAGAAGUUAGUUUUAUAAUUUUUAUAACUGAAAAGAAAAGCCUUUCCUGAGUUUAAGCAAUAAAACGGUUCUUGUAACUACUGACAGCUCUUUUCAUGUUUACCUUGUUUUUUUUCCCCAUUAAUUAUUUUUGCAAUACAUUCCAAAGAUUGAUUUUAGAAGAUAUCAGUGCCAUCACCCUAAAGUUUAGCUUUUGGAACAAAUUUUUUAUCAGAUUUAAAACAGUAUUACUUCCACUCAGAAGAACAUGUUAAUCGAUUGAAAUGAUUACCAUUUCACUAAAUAUUCCUGGGGUGUGAAUAUUUUUUGAUGUACAUUAACAAGAAAUUCAAUAAAACUCGACUUCAGUCUGUUA